GAGGCUGUUUAUGUCGUCGGUUAUACUUGAAGACAACCCUGGAAAACCCUUUUGAUCCUGAGGGAAAUGACCCCCUUUCUUUGAUCUCACCCAGAGGUAUACUGCUAGUAACCAAGGGCAGAUGAGCCGAGAGAGAUCUCAGCUGUUCACUCCGUGGUAACAUGACAUCGGAACAUUCUCCAUCGGCCUCUAACCCCAGCCUUACCAGAGAACGGAAAAGCGAUGCCGACUUACAGCUGGACACGACCUUCCCCUCUGCCUUUCAACCGGCUUUCGAGCCCGGGAGUUUUGAUCAGAAGAUCGAAGGAGCCAGUCACCAUCAUUACACUUCUUUCCAGACCUCGAACCGGACCACAAUUUUUGAGCCAAAUUCUCAACAACACAAUGAGUCUAUCGGUUCUCAACGCGACCUGUCAAGCAUCAAUUGGCCCUUACCAAGUCAUGUCAGCCAGCGAAAAUUGCUGUCCAUUGGAAUCAACUAUUUCGGUCAGAGGGGUGAAUUGAAGCACAGCAUAAGGGAUGUCAAAAACAUGGCUGCUUAUUUACACCAGUGUCUUGGCCACUCGAUAGACAAUAUGGUGAUACUUACCGACGACCAGCUCCACCCUUUUUCUCAGCCUACGAAGGCGAAUAUUCUUCGGGCGAUGAGUUGGUUGGUGGCAGAUGCGCGAGCGAACGACUCGCUAAUAUUCCAUUACAGUGGCCACGGUGAUCAGAAUUCCUCGGAACUCCCUGAUCACUGUGAUUCUAAAAAGGACUCUCAUCCAGGCUCUAUAUAUCCGGUGGAUUUUCGCUCCAGUGGGCGGAUAUCGGGGGAUGAAGUGUAUGAGAUUAUCAUCCAUCCACUUCCUCGCGGAGUGAAAUUAACAACGAUAUGCGACAUGUAUCAACCUGCUGACUCCCAUGAUAUAUAGUUUUCCACUAAGUUUGCUUAUGAAAAAUGCUUGUGGAUGCAUUAGCUUGCGGCUGAUUUUGACGGAAUUGCGUAAUCCACGGUCGCGUUGGCAAUACCUAUUUGUUAUCAUUCCCGAUCCAAGUCGUCUUAUAAUGGCCGUUAUAGAAAGCUAU